AUGCGUACCUUCGUGCUGCUCGUCGCCCUCGUCGCGGCCGUGAACGCCUUCACCGGCCUGCCCUCCACCUACACCACCAAGCAAAAGAACGACGCAUGCAAGGACUACUGCAUGAACGCCGGUGACCCGUCUCCCCUGACCGGAUUCGCGUUCGCCAGCAACGGCUGGGAGCUGUGCAACUGUCAGGUGGCCCAGCAGAGUGGAAGCUGGCUCGGCUCGAACUGCUACAACCAGUGCCACAACCGGUGCGUCAACACCCUCGGCCAGUGCUCGUGGAACCAGGCGCUGAACACCGACUACAAGGGCCCGUGCUGCUCGACCUCGCAAACGAACACGACGGUGUUCAACCAGUGCUACAAGAACACCGCCCCAGUCGGCCUCUGCUACAGCACU